AUGAAUUGCGGCGAAGAUGAUUCGCCGCCUUACAUCACCUCAUAUCGAAAUGGUCCAUACAGCUCCUCAAUAGCUUCCUCCGCAUCCUCCUCUUCCGCCUCGGUCUGGUCUGAUGCUUCCUCACAAUCAUCCGACGAUUCCUCAGUUACCGGCGCAUCUUCCGACAAUGAGAUCUCAGAAACAAACUGCUGCACAAGUCAGCCUGAACCUUCCUUUACAUCGGCCAGCACUGUCUGCGAACAAGCACCUGCGGUCGCCUACUGGUCAAAACAUAAGUCAGGUGAAGUUGCACCAGAGCAACGACAUCCAAGAAGGACAAGUGUUGGAGCAAAUACUCGAACAGGAUGCCCUCCUUCGUUAGUACGCCAAUGCGAUCGAAAGGUCAAUUUCGUCGACGGCCUUGUCGAUUCUUCUGCUCAAAUUGUCGAGGCAAUUUGGCCCCUCUCAUCGGUUGUCUGCCGUAGCGAGAUGGGGAACAAAGGCGUUCUUCCUCUACGCACAUUUAUUCAAGAGACUCUUCGACGAUCACGGACAAGUUACUCGACUCUCCAAGUCGCUCUGUACUACCUGAUCUUGAUCAAGCCUCAUGUACCAAAACAUGAUUUUACAAUGGAACAGCCGGAUGAUGCACACUCUAUCAGAGCACUUCAAUGCGGACGUCGCAUGUUCCUAUCAGCUCUGAUUCUCGCUUCCAAGUAUCUUCAGGAUCGCAACUACUCUGCGCGUGCGUGGAGUAAGAUUUCUGGACUGAACACUUUGGAGAUUAACCAAAAUGAAAUGGCGUUCCUCCUGGCCGUCAAUUGGGAAUUACAUAUUACGGAGUCGGUUUUUCAAAGAUGGACCGAGAUUGUUCUCGGCAACAGACCAACACAACCACCUUCGCCUGGCUCAGCCUCGUCUCGCUUAGCCGAGCAGGACUGGAAAUCAAUCAUUCUUAGACUCACCCCUGAGUUGGAUAACAUCGAGGGUCUCUCACCUUCGACGUCUGCCAAGGCAUACGCCAAAUCUAUUAGUGCAACCUCUCCACGAUCUUUUGCACCUAUGGUUGCCGACCGAAACACCUUUGGAUAUGGUUCCAACGAGUCGACACCGACUCCCAAAUAUUACACUCCCAGUAUUUUGGAGCCCUCACCAUCCACGGUCUACCCUGCCAGCAAGCCCGCGCCAGCUCUUGGUCUGCUACCAACCCCAAGACUGACCCCGCAAAGCGCCGGAUUCAACACUCCUGCUGUGAGUGCUGCGUCUUACUUGCUUGGCAAGUCGUCAAUGGGCUUUGCUAUGGCACAAGCUUCAACCAUCAGUGCUUCCCAAGUCAAUGAUAAGUGGCAACAACAUUUGUCUUCUUCACCACAGUCAUACGUCUCACAUCGUCGAUCAUCAUUGGCCAAUUCGGUCUCAUCAAUGUCAUCGCCUGAGUCAAUGGUUUCGGAUACGUCUUCUCGGUCAUCUCGUUCGUCUUCAAUCUCUUCUGCCUCGUCUUUGAUGAGCGCGCCUCUCUCAUCCAAAUUGGAUGUCCAAGCGCGCUGUCGAUAUGCGAAGCUGUGCAGUGAGAAGCAAAACAGAACCGUCAUUGCCUCAGUACCUGAAGGCUACUGCGACAAUGGACCAACAUCGUCGCCAGAGUCAUAUGCUGGACCAGUGGGCAAGGACUUCCUUGACCUGUCCUUGGAUACUCCCUUGGCUCGACGUGUUGAGUUGGACAUGUACUCAAAAGAUGAAGAAGCUGCACGGGCUCUUCAAGAGCUCCAUAGCCACCCUAGGUCAUCAGACUCUCCCAUCAGAGCCGGUGCCAAACGUAGCAGACCGCAAUCAAUUGAUAAUUCCCUCCAAGAGAAUGUUAGAGAGAUGUUAGGUGACCACUAUCAACCAUUUGAGAGCAACUGGUCAGACAACUUUGUCCGCACUCGCUCGAGUCAGGCCAUGGAUGUCAGCCCUCAAGUUGCUGUUCGCUCUACGUCUUCUUCGUCUCUUGGACGUAAGAGAGUCUGCUGUGCUACAGAAGCCGCUCGUGGACUACCCCAAGCCAUCCACCCUGCCUUUGGUGGCCUUGGUGGCCCUGGAAUGUGGGAAUCUAUUUUAAAUUAG